AUGGAGCGGCUGGAGCAGCUGCAUGCCACCCAUGGCGCCGUGCUGAAGCAGUGCGUUCACCUUGAACGACGCGUUGAGGAACUCGAAGGACAGGUGGACGAGCGGAAGGAGCAGCACACGGCAUGGCUGGAGGCGAGGGUGAGAGAGCUGGAGGCGGCAGUGGAGGACAGCAAGCACUGGGCGCAGCAACGGGUGAUGCAGGUGGCGCAGAAGCUGGUUCGGGAGAGCAAGGAGCUGCGGCAGCUGAGGGCGGAGCGCGAGGAGUGGGUGCGCAGCCGGCGCGAGCAGGACGGGAAGGAGGAGAGCGCAGCAAGGCAGCUGGGCGAGAUGGAGGCGGCUCUUAGGAAGGCGUCGGGGCAGGUUGACCGCGCCAACGCUGCCGUAUGCCGCCUGGAGGCAGAGAAUGCAGAGCUGAGAGCAGAGCUGCAGGCGGCGGGGUUGAGGGUGAGCGAGGCGAGUGCCAAGCUGGCGGAGGCAGGCAAGCGGGAGGGCAAGGCGCUCAAGAGGGUGCAGGCGAUCGAGCGGGUCAAGGCGAAGCUGCAGGAGGAACUAGCAGACGAAAGGCGCAAGCUGACAACCGCCCUCUCGGACCUGGAAGCAACGCGGCGGCGGCAGCAGCAGGCGGAGCAGCGGUGGCGGCAGGAGGAGAAAGCGCGUGAAGAAGCAACCGCACGCGCCGACGCCGAGUGCCGCGCGCGCGAGCAGGCGGAGACCGCGUGGAAGCAGCGCGAGGAGACACUCCGAGCCAAGAGCGAGGCGGACGUGAAACGGGUUCGCGGCGAGGUGGCACGGCUGGAGCGGGAGAGGGUGAUGGGGCAGCUUGGUACUGUGGCAGGGAUGGGUGGGAUGUCAGGAGCGGCAGGAUCGGCAGGAGCUGCAGGAGUGGCGCCGCUGAAUGGGAUCCACUUCGGGGGAGGAGGCUUGGGAGGGGCGGGAGGGGCAGGAGGGGCAGGGGUUGCAGGCAAGGGGGGGAGGCAGGGGGUGGGAGCAGGGCAUGGAGGGGGGCGCAACCAUGGGGUCAUUGGGGGGGCUAGGGGGAACGGAGGAGGCGGGGCAGGGGGAGGGGGAGGCGGAGCCGGAGGGGGAGGGGGAGUCGCAGGAGGGGGAGGAGGGGGAGGCAUUCUCAGCGGCGGUCUUACAGGCACCCCUGCUUCUUCUACUGCUGCAGGGACCACAGGAGGUCAUGGCGCCCUGCUGCCCCACAUUGGGCUCGGCGGGAUCGUUCUAGGCGGGGCAGGAGCAGGACCGGCUCUGGGAGCCGGGCUGGGGGUGGGGCCGGUGUUCGGAAUGGGGAUGGGAGGAGGAGGAGGAGGAGGAGGAGGAGGGGGAGGAGGAGGGAGAGGGAGUGUGUGA